UCUUGUUAAUGAUAUUUCUUGGUGUUGGUUGCUUUUUCAUUUUCUAGGCCCCUCUGGGAAUACAAGACGGAGAAAAAUAAAGGGGGGAAAAGAUAAAAAUGACGUUAUAAAAGGAUGGGAGGAUGGUUUGUAUUAAAAAAGUGAUAGAAUGUUGGUUGGAGGAGGGUAAUAGUAAGGAAAGGCGAGGGCAGUUCUGUCAGAAGAGGAAAACAAAGGAGAAAUUUGAGAACAACGUCUGUGAGGGUCUCCGGGUCAAUGUCGUGAUCAGGAGCUUUUCUGGCAGUCACGCCCACGCCAGGAAACGCUCUCUUCCGAUGUAACGUUCACAUCUCGCCACUUAUACUCUCUCUCUCUUCUCUCGGAUUCAUACAAAAUGCACAUGAACUAGAACGGUUGUUUUUCGUUCCCUUCCAAGCUAACAAUCUCACUUCAAUGGCUAUCAACAACUGCGAUGAGGUGAUGGCAUAAAGUGUGUACAUCCACAAUUUGAUGUCUACGGGGAAACUAUACUUCCAGGGGAUUGUGGAUGGGAGUUGCAAUCUACCUGUCAGUUCAUGCUUUCAGCUGCUCAAACCUGGUCUUGAUGAGAUCAACCCACACUGUUCUUUAGAUGUUUUGCCCGUUCUUUUCGAUGAUGCCUCAUUUCCAGUGAGAUUAAAAUGUCCCUUCCACAAUUCACAGGGCCAAGAUGUCUAUAGCAUUUCUGUAUUGCCUGAUGAUGGCAUCACUAAUCCACAAUGUGAACCACAGAUAGCUUUCUUAAACUUCUUAGAAGUCUCCAAUCCAUUUAAAAGUCAGAUGUGCCCUGACACCCAAUUGAAUUGCAAGAGCUGCGUUGGUUUACAGAUGGAAAGUUCAGAUACUUAUUCCCCAUGUACUGUGGAUAUGGAUAUUGAGAAGGGAAGUCUGGAAACUCCAAAAUCCAAUGAGGAAACUAUGGGAAGUUUGAAAACUGAAGGUGUAUUAACUCACUUGCAGAAGGCAUUGCGGAGACAAAAGAGCUUUCAAAUGGGUGGGAAGUUCUUGCAGCUACUGAUGAACCAUGGCCUAAUGUUACUCAAGUUCACUUCUAGAGAUAAACCAGUGACUGAAAGGGUUCAUGACACACCUAACAACAGAUGGAGGAAAUACAAGCGUGCUGCAUCAUUUGAUUCAAGAAAAGUUGUUCUCUUCUUCUCAAUCUUGUCGAGUAUGGGGACAAUGAUAUUGAUUUAUCUGACACUGAGAGUUAGACAAAUUGGUGAUGGGCUUGUUCAUGUCUGACGGGUUUUGUGCCUCCCGAAAUUGUGGUUGAUUUUCUUUUACUUCGAAGUCUCUUGAGGACUGCUAAUGGGCUUUGUUGUUCUUCUCUGUACAUAAGUUGUGGUCACUUUCAGAGUCGUAGCAGAUGCUCCCAGUCUCACAACUAUCCAAUUCUUGUUACCCUACCAAUGUAAAAAAAGAUAAUGCAAUGUCUGUAAUUGGAUUUUUUGAGGGGGGCAACGCUACUACUACCACCAUGGAGGCAAGUUCUAUAUUGCUUUAAAUUUUGAAAA